CGCACCUCCAGUGAUGACUUAUGCCCAGCUAGAGAGUUUGAUAAAUAAGUGGAGUCUGGAACUGGAAGACCAAGAGAAACACUUUCUCCAUCAAGCUACGCAAGUUAAUGCCUGGGAUCGGACGCUGAUAGAGAAUGGAGAGAAGAUUACUUCAUUACACAGAGAAGUAGAGAAAGUGAAGCUUGAUCAGAAGAGACUGGAUCAGGAGCUAGACUUCAUUCUGUCACAGCAGAAAGAGCUUGAGGACUUGUUGACCCCUCUGGAAGAGUCUGUGAAGGAACAGAGUGGGACUAUCUACUUGCAGCAUGCAGAUGAAGAACAUAUUGAACUAUCAACGGCCUUUGUCAAAUAU